AUGUCAAAACGAUUGUCAAUUGAAAUCGAGAAUUCCUCUAAAGAUAGUGAUGACAGCAAAGAAAAACAACAGCCGGACAAAAAGCAAAAAUUAUCAUUUGGAAUGAUGAAAAAAUCUUUUCCAGCCAAAACUGGCAUUAAGAUAAAGCUUAACUCUCCUGCAACUAAAGAACCACCUGUUCUACCUAAACCAGCAUCCAAAUCCGUUGCAGCAGUAUUUGGUGAUGUUAGUGAUGACGAGCCUGAAGAAAUGCCCAAAGAAGCAAGAAUGCGCAUGAGGAAUAUCGGCAGAGAUACACCUACUUCAGCAGGACCUAAUUCAUUUGGCAAGACCAAACAUGGUUUCUGCAACACUGGAAAACUAAUGGAAAAAACUCUUAAAGAAGCUACAAAUGCAUUAAUCAAUGAUAAAAAAUAGUUGAAUAAAUGACAUUAAUUUUCUUUUCACAAUUGUGAAUAUUGUAUUUAAGCCUUUUGCACAAAACUAGUUUUAAGCAUUAAUUAAGAUAACCAUGAUUAUGUGUUUAUAAAGAAUUAUUUUAAGAUUUUUUAUUACAUAGCCCAUUCAAUUGA